AUGGGCGUCACGACGACCGCAACGGCCUCGAGCAGCGGCAGCAGCUCGCACCAUUCGGAAUCGGCGGCGGCGGCGGCUUCUUCUUGGGCGGCAAGGGAUGGCCGACAGCGGCACCCUCCACCACUUGCGGCUGGCAGCAGGAACGGUGUUAGGCAGAGCAGUAGCAGUAGUAUCGAAGCAGAAGCAUCUCCCGCACCUUCUUCAACGGACCAACAAAGUGUUGAUAUCCGGAGCAGUAGCGGGACAUCCAGCGGAGGCGGCAGCAGCGGCGGCGGCGGCGGCGGCAGCACCAACGGUGACAGCCGAGAAAAGAGCAUGGAUGGCGAUUUGAUAGGUGACGAGACUGCCGCACUGGCGGCAAGGACAAGAGAAGGUUCCGGGGUAGCGGCGGCGGCCUCGGCGGCGGCGGCGACGGAGAAUUCGUCACCUCCGUUACCGGUGGCAGCUCCGUCGGAGGGUGUGGUGAUCAGGAUACUCAUCUCUGGGGCGCACGCGUCUUUCCUGCACAUGAGGGUGUUCCCUUCGACGACUGCUGGGCAGGUUUGCCGCAAGAUCGGGGAGAAGCUCCGGCAGCUGCCAGCUGAGCAGAACGAGUACGUCCUCAUUGCCAUCUACGCCCGCCCAUCGAGGAACGUGAGCGACACGGGCGGCGGGAGCAAUGGACCUGGCCAUAGACAUUCAGCGGGGGUUGCUGACCGUGGCGCGGCGGUGGGGGGCGACGAGGUUGACAACGACGGUGCUGGCUACACCGCUGGUGGUGUUAGGGACGAGCAUGAGCUGCGGCACGAUGGGAGGAGAAGGAGGAGAGGGGAAGAAGAGCAUCAAAGCAGCAUUAGACAUAUCCUCCAUACCUUUCGGUCGGAGGAGCGCCUUGGGGAGGUGCGAUUGGGCCUUCCCGAGCCAAAUAGUGCAGGGAGGCCACAAAAUCCAGCUAACAGCCACGAUCGCGGCGCCAGAGGCGAUGCGGAUGGCCCAGACCGAGGUAGGACCGACAGCUUUUCGACGUGGACGACGGCUGCCAGCCCCGCUGCCGGCGGUGCUGCUGAUAUCGACGCUGCCCUCCGGGCGCAAGGAACAAUCGACAACGGUGGCGGCGGCAGGCGUGUGGACGAGGAGGGGGCGGCGGGAAAGCUUGGGGGGAGCGGAGCGGGUGCCCGCGGUGGCAGGGCAGAGCAACCUGCCUUGAUGUGGAGAUCGCGCUGGAUUUACAGAGAGCGGACAGCGCCGGCGCUCGACCCCGACGAGCUUCAGGUGGAGGUGUCGGGUUCGGACACCUCGGAGGACGAAAGAAGGGCCGGGUGGAUAGACCUGCGGGGACUCGGACAGGGGCACUACUGCGGGUACCUCCAGAAGAAGAGCAGGAGUGACCCCAACCUGUGGCGACGACGGUGGUGCAUUUUGGCGGAUGACCGCUUGUGGCUCCUCCGCAGCAAGAGCGAGCAGUCGGGAAGGCGGAGGGGCGGGGGCGGGCGUAGCCACAGCUUCUCCUUGGCCCUGGUGCCUUCCGUCGCUCGCGCAGUUAAUCAUCCCACGGCGCCCAGCCACUGCUUCGAGCUGCACUCGCACAACCGGGUCCACACGUUUCGAGCGGAGAGCCGAGCGAAGCAAGUGGCGUGGGUCGGCACGUUGCAGCGGCACGCAAGGCAGGCGGCGGAGGACUCGUACAUGUCCGUGGCGGAGCACAUGGUGUGCGAUGAGGAGUACGCGAGGUGCCGCCGGCUGAACGUCGCCCUCUCCUCCGCGCUGGGAAGCCGAACGUGCGACACCCUGGAAGCCGAGUUCUACUCCUCCCACGUUGCCGACAGACCGGUGGCUGGGAGAUGCAGCAGCGGCGGCGGCAGCGUGGGGGGUGGUUGGUUGCCCCUGCCGCACCCGACCCCGCUGCCGAGGACGUCGGGACUGUUCCGAAGACUGCCGCAGGGGCCGGGGCCACCGCCGCCGCCUAAUUCCGCGAGUGCUGCUGCCUGUGCGGUGAGAGCCACUCCUGGCCUCGUUUCUGGUUCUCAGUCACCGCUACCGACGCCACGACCACCGCCUCCGCCACCGUUGGCGAGGUCGGCGGAUGGGGGAGCGACGGCAUCUUCAGCCCGUGGGGCGGCAGGGGGGGGGGCGACGAUCGAUUCCGCGGAGCGCCCGUGGCUGGCGGCCUCGGAGGUCAGGCGAGCAAUGCGCUUCUGUAUGAAGGUGCAUAGGUAUCGGGAGAUCUGCCGACCUGGAUCAUGCGUUGCGUUUCGAAAGAGGUGGGCGUACGCAGCCGAUGCCUUGGAAGAGCUCUGUCCAGGGGCGUCCACCACGGCCGCCGCCGACCUCUCGCGCCACUGGAAUCCCCCUCCGCCUCUGGCCGCGGUGGAGGCGGUGUCACUGCCGGCCUUGGGAGCAGGCGGGGAGAGCGCGGGGGACGACGUGCCUUAUGGGCGAGACGAGAGCGGCAUCGAGGCCGCGGGACCGCGUUCUGGGUUUGAUGCUGCAGCCGCGGCGACUGCCAACGAUAACCGGGACGAAAAAAGCCCAUCCGGCAUACGAUCCGAGGCACCGGCGACGUCGCCGCGGGGAGACCAACGGGCGGCAGCGGUGACAAGUGGGCCAUCGUCGACUAGCGCAGCUACAAGCGGCGAAGCCUGUUCGGCUUCCCUCCGGACCACGGCCGUUUUCGCUUCGCCGCGGAAAGUUGACGGGGAGGGCAGACCAACCAACCUGUCUGGGUUGUCGCCUCCACCGACAGCGGCAGCCGUGUCCGCAUCCACCCUCCCGGUGGCAGAGGCCGUAGCGUUGCCCACCGACGACCGAACAUCGCCGACCCUGCUGACGGCGGCGGCGGCGGCGGCAACAACAACAGCGGCGACAGAGCUCGUCCCGCGGCCGUCGCAGUCCUCAACGCACCAGCAUGCUCUGUCGCUGGUCGCCGCCUGCUCGCAAGAAACCGUGGUCGGGGUGGCCCGUGACCUGCGGGAGUACGUGGAGGCCGUGACCAGGUCGCGUGCUUCGCGAGCGGCGAAAGGCGGAGGCGGAGGCGACGGCGCCGGCGGUGGCAAGGGCGCUGGUCCCGGCGGCGCGCUAGGAACGGGGGCGGGGGCAGCGGGCGAGAACGGUUUGCAGGAACCCCCGGCGGAAUGCCUGUUCGACGCCCUCCUGGACCAGGUCUUGCAAGCCCUGGGGGAUGCAUAGCAAGCGGGACAUGUGGAAUCCGCGCGGUGUUUGAUUGAGCGCGCGGGUAGGUUUGCGCUCGGGAGCGACGCGUCAUCCGCACGUCUCAAAGGAUAGUUUUGUAGGCGUGGUAAUUUUGUCCCAGCUGUGGUCUGUUGUAGUGUUUGCGUCGGCCCUGUUGCCCGUUUGGUAGCUGGAAGGGCUCCUGAUGCUCAGCAACGGGCAUAGCUAGCUGUGCGUCGCACAGGCAAACGCUGGUAAUUUCCCCGCUCAAAGAAGUAGUUCAACUCUUUGGGCCUGCCACUCCAGGACGGAAGGAAACAGCUCUUUGGUCUUCUUGAGUAUUUUUUCUUUCUUUUUUGUUAUUCUCCCAUCAUUGGACUCUGU